GCGCAAUAUGAUUCCACGACGGGUCGCGAAAUGAAACGAAACAAUGUUUUGCGUUGCGCGGAACCCUGCGUCGGCGGUCCCUCUCUCCUCCCGUCCUCGCGCCUCUCUCGCCCCGUACGAACCGAGGAUUUGUUAAAUAUCGAGCGCGUCUAGCUAGUACCGUGGCCAAAAUGGCCGGCGUUUAGUCGUCCCUUAGUUCGCGUUUAAAUCGACUCGGUUUAACGCGGUUGUUCGCGGCAACACGGCUACCUCCGUUCACGGGACGUAGCGUUGACUUCGUCCUCCGCCUGCGUAAAAAGAAAUAUCUCCCGAGAGAUUGGCGUUUUCUCUUUUUUUUCUCUUUUUUUUCAACAAUGCGUAUCUCCCAUCCACGAGAGUUCUGCUCUCGUUCUGCCGCGAGAAAUCCCGAGUAUGGUAGGGCGAGCGUUCGGAAAAUUGUGUUUUGUCCGCGACUCGAUGCUGGCCGAUUCAUCACCGCGGAUCCAAUUUGUCCGCGAAAACGUCACUGGAAACACGAUUGAACGCAAAACACGAGACUUGGCGUGGCUAAAGACGCGCUUCGAGAGCAAAAGUCCAGUGGUGCGAUUCGGGCUGAUUCCCUCAAGUUUUCCCUCGCGUUGCCGAAAACAAGAUGAAGCGUCACUUGCGUGUGACGUGUGGAGCACGAGUGCGGAGUACGGAAAGAGGACACGUUUGCCGACGUAUAAGUCGGCCUGAAGCCGACGAAGCCACGUGCGACGAAUGAGACCGCGGCGAUUUCCGUGGCGUAAUCUUCGAUACACGGCGACGCGUCGGUGACGGCCGAUGGCGUGUAAACAGCUGACUGUUCUAAAACCGCGCUUAAACAAGCAAACGACGGUGCUCCGAAACAAAGACGGUCGCGUGUAACGAGACGUUUGUGUACGAUCGGUCCGACGAAUUAACCUCCAACCUUAAACCGACCGACUCGUCUCCGGUGUCUCUCGAGAGCGAGAGACGAAAGGUGAAUCAAACGAGCGGGAAACUUACGGGGGAAGCAUGUCUUCGGAAACGACGACGGUGUUGCUGAAGAAGCGAGAGAGGACGCAGAACUGGAUCCCGGAGGAGAAGAACGCGCUGUUCGCCUUGAUCAAGCUGCACGUGAAUGCGAUCGAGAACAAGAAGAUCGACCAAGCAGCCUCCACGAUGAAGGCUCUCGCUUGGCAGCAGAUCUACUCCGCGUUUCGCGGCAAAUUCUCCGCGGACCGGGACAUCGUGCGGAUAAGGGAACAGUGGCGGCGGAUGAAGGCGCAGGCGAGGAUAGAGAUGCACACGUAUGCCGAGAAGGUGCGAACUCUGGGACCUGAAGUCGCCGUCAAAUUUCGUCCGUCGAGUCUCUCGGUUGAGGUGUGGAGACUGAUGGAAAGCGUACGGCGAAACGACUGCGACGCCGAACGUUCGGAUGACAGUAGCAGUCAAGACACACAUGAAAAUCAGACAACGAAUCGGAUGUCAGCGAUACACGCUAUCUUGGAUAACUUAACGCUACCUUUGACGCCGGAAACGUCAGCGCCAGGACAUGAUAUAAAGAUCGAGAUCAACAGUGAUACUUACAACACGGAAGACGAAAACAGUCACGGCGAAUCUACGCGAAAAUCGUCGCCGGGCCUGUCGCCGAGGAAGCGUUCGAGAACGGUGGUGUCGUCGGUGGCGGAAGACGAGCCCGUAGAAUCUUCCGAGUCGAAAAUCCCGUGCCCCAAUAGCAGCUCGGCAAUCUGCGUAGAUGAUGCGAUGGAGCGUAAUGGAGGCGCGAAGGAUAAAUUACGCACGGAUAAACGCGACAACGUAGCGCGAUGUACGACAUGGUUCUGCAAGUCUACUCAGCGCGAGCAUGAGAUCAAGCUACGAAUGCUAGAGAUCGAGCUGGAACGCGCGGAAUUGCAGAAACAAACCGCCGUGAACGAAUUAAAGACGUCUGAGAUCAAAAGGCAACUAAUCGAAAGUCAAGCAGCGGAAUAUUUCAGGUAUUAAUACGCAUUUCCCACCCGAUAAAGAAAU